CCGCUAGGGUUCUCCCUGUUUCCCUGUCUGUUCCUAUUUGGACGACAACCCCCGAAUCCAAACCCACCCAAGAAGAAAGGGGAAAGCAAAGAAGGUGCCUGGAGGCUAGGGUUUCUCGACGGCUCCACCGCCCUCUCCGCCAUGGACGCGCAGCGAGCUCUCCUCGACGAGCUCAUGGGCACAGCCCGCAACUUGACGGAUGAGGAGAAGAAGGGGCACAAGGAGCUGAAGUGGGACGAUCCCGACGUGUGCGCCCCCUACAUGGCCCGGUUCUGCCCCCACGACCUCUUCGUCAACACCAAGAGCAACCUCGGGCCGUGCUUGAGGAUCCAUGAUCCGAAGCUCAAGGAGAGCUUUGAGAAGUCUCCCAGGCAUGAUAGCUAUAUGCGAAAGUUUGAGGCAGAGCUUGCACAACAAUGUGAGAAAUUGGUAAUGGAUUUGGAUAGAAAAAUAAGGCGUGGUCGAGAAAGGUUGGCUCAAGAUUCUGCUGUGCCAAUGCCAAUACCUGGAAAAAUAGCUGAGCAGCUCUCAGCGCGAGAAGAACAGGUGAAGAAGCUGCUGGAGCAAAUUGAGGAGCUUGGUGAGGCUGGUAAAGUGGAUGAAGCUGAGGCACUUAUGAGGAGGGUUGACAUUCUAAACGCUGAGAAGACAGCUUUAGCUAACCAAGCUGACAACAAAGUGGCCAUGCUUGAGAAGAAGAUGGAACUUUGCGAAACAUGUGGAUCAUUCUUAGUUUCUGAUGAUGCUCUUGAGAGGACGCAGUCCCAUGUGACUGGGAAACAGCACAUCGGUUAUGGCAUGGUUAGAGAUUUCCUGAUGGAAUACAAGGCUGCAAAAGAGAAGGCAAAAGAGGAAGAGAGGCUUGCAAGGGAGCAGAAAGCAGAGGAACGUCGGAAACAGAGGGGCAAAGAGUAUGAUAGUGGGGGCAGGGACAGUGGUACCCGGAGGGAGAGGUCUGGCGAUCGUGACUAUGACCGUGAUCGUCAGUAUGAGCGAAGCCGUGGAAGAGAUAGGCCCUAUGAUCACAGAGAUAGAGGAUCAGAAUAUCGAAGCAAUUCCUACAGAAAUGGGAGGGAUUCCGAAAGAGGCGGGCAUAGAUACAGGAGUGGUGAUAUGACAAACGACCGAGGGAGAAUACGGAGCAGGUCACGUUCUCCAAGCAGGCAUGGCUAUGGAAGGUCUGGAAGUCCAGAUCAUUAGCUGAACAUUUAGAUAGUUUUAUUCACAGUUGGGACUCAUGAGGUAGACCGUUCCCUUUUGCUAUUUAUUACUGUACAAUGGGUUUUAUUGAAGUGUCGCACUUGUUUAAGUCUCUGCUCUGCUGUAACAGCUCUGUUGGAACCCUACAGUCUUCCUUUUUACAUGGGAAAAAAAAUCUCAGGUAGGUAUCGAUUGUCCUUCCAACAAUUUUGCUGAAGCUUUUGUUUUGAUAUUUGGAACCGGAAGUUAUUAACUAAAAGAUGAAAAUUAGUGCAAUGAGACAAGUACUGGACUUCAUUUUGGAUGCUGAUGUUUACAGCGUAUGGCAGGUAACCUUGAACAUUAAUGUUUUCAUAUUACACAACUUUUUAUUCCCCUCAUAACUUUGCUAGAAACCUUUUUAGUUUUGCUCAGUUGUGAUUGGUCACUCGUUGCCUUAGAUUUUUACACCACUCAUGUCAGGUACCUGUUUCUGCCAAAGAUUAUGUAUGAUUGUGAUUUUUGUAGCUAUAAUUGUUAUGAACUAGUGUUGUCUUGAGGAAGAACAGUCCGACGAAAUGAUCAAGGAUCAAUUCUAAUCACCGACAUAUUCUUUUUGAAACCUUGUAGUAGCUCUACAAGAGAUCAGGUUUGGCUUGUACAUAACCCCUGCUAAGAACCACCAGGAUUGGAGGGUUCUUGACUGUCUGGUUAUUGGCUCCAAGUCUAGCUCAAAGAAGGCUCUGUCUCCACCCACACAUAAUAUUAGAUAGACUUCCGACAGUUGUAGGGGCCUGUAAUUGGUAUGCUAUUAUUGUAUUCUGAAUAUGCAAUACUACUAUAUGAUCUGCUUGGGCGUCUCUGACAAGUUACUCUUUGGAU